AUGUCAACCCUUUCUCUCAGGACGCUCAACAGAACAUAUGGAAUUCGAGAAAUUUCCGUAGAUCCAGAAAGCAACAUCUCCGUUCUGAGGAAGUUUGAAGGACAGAAUUGCAUUUUCAUCUACAAAAAAACAAUUUUAAUAGAAUCAAUGACCUUUAAUUAUUACUCUAUGGAAGAUGGAGACAUAAUAUGCAGUGUUAUACCAGCUCAACUUAACAUCCCUAAAGGUAUGAAGGAUCCAAAACUUUUGCUAGAUUUAGAGCGUGAAAAACUAAAGCUAAUGGACAGAAAAUUCAAUAGGAUUGAUGGAAAUCCAACUAUCUAUAAGAAAUUCCAGAACAUGAAGUUAAAAGCUUCAAUAAAUCCAAUAUCUCAUGAUUCUGAAUUGGCUACCGAAUACAAACCUCUUCAAAAACCUUCUACCCAGCCUUUGCCUGCAUUUUGGAUACAAUAA